AUGACGGACGCUAGCCAGACGGCUUCAACAAAUGCAUUAUCCAUACUGCUGGAUGCAGCACCUAGCGAUGUCGCGAAGAGCGUGGAGUCUGUUAUCUCGUCAUUGUCCACAGCGUUUGCGGGCCCGUCAGCAUCACCAUCAAAUACACCUUUGAUUCCGACCAGCCUAACUUCGCAACCUACGCGACCCACAUCCUUCUCGACCUCAGCAAUGCUACCCUCAUCAGUCACACCUGACUCCUCGUUACCUACCAAGAUAUCCUCGCCCACGCCCUCAACAAUGAUGACAGUGGCAAGCCAGCCAAUUACGACCAGCACGUCAACAUCAACGCCAGCACCAACAGCAGCAAGCACUUCACAUGGCGCAGGACAACUCAAGAACGCAUCAGUAGUCGGCAUAGCCACCGGUCUGGUAGCAGGCGCCGUCCUCAUCUUCCUAAUAGGCAUCUUCCUCUGGCGACGACGAUCUCAAGGCAAGGCACCCUUCGCCAAUCGCCGACCUUCACAACGCUCGAGCAGGAAAGGCAGCAAACGAGUCUAUCCGGAAGAAGCCUUCCUCUACGACCCGAAAAUGACCCCACGUGCUGCUUCGCCAUCCUUAGAAGGAGAAAGACAUAGUCGCGACGAAUCAGCCACGAGCUUGAUACCGGAUCCACGCAGAGGCACCGUCGAGCUAUCCUCCGCUCCGCCCAGUCCACCACAGCGACCUACGAGUCCACUACUUUCACCCGUCGCAGUCGCAGAGGAACGGAGAAGUCAUAAUGGGAGCCCAAGUAGAGAAAGGCGAAACAGUGGAGGCGGUAGUCCUAGUGGGAGGAGGAGUAGGAGCUCACUAGCUGUGAGUCGGACGGAUCUGACGAGGCCGAUGAGUGCGAUUUGGGAAGAGCCGCCGAGACCUUCUGUUGAUGCUCGGACAGGAUUAUUGAGUCCCGGGCCGGUGAACAUGGCGAGGCAUAGUGCUUGA